GUUGGUAUACUCACAAAGAAAAAAAAAUACUGAAGAAUUAAUACCUCCUUUAUCAUCUGAUAAUUUUGAUUGCGAUUAUCAGCGAUUUCGUGCCCUACGUCGGUGGACUGGGAUUUAGUUUUUGGAUCGGUGGGCUUCACUGAUAUGGUGCAGCUUCGACAUUUAUAGAGUGAUUUUGGCCACAAAAGCUUCAGAAUAUGACAUCCAGAGGGCAAAGUGAGACUCAGAAAUUAAAGCAAAAUCUAGGAGAACAGCUUGAUCGCCUUGUGGCUCAGCUGUCUGAUUUGGAAGAAUGCAAGGAAGACUUGGAUGAGGAUGAAUAUGAAGAAACUAAGAAGGAAACAGUGGAACAGUUAAAAGAAUUCAAAGAAACCUUGGAAAAAUUUGCAGCUGGAAAUGUGACAUUAGUUGAUGAAAUAAGCAGUAUGCAAUUGGCAAUUCAGGCAGCUAUUAGUGAGGCUUUCAAGACACCAGAAGUCAUUCGUUUGUUUGCAAAGAAACAACCUGGCCAAUUAAGACAGAGACUCUCAGAGAUGCAAAGAGAUCUCAAAACUGGACACCUCAGUCAAGCAGCAUACACACAACAAGCUGUAGAGAUUUUAACAGCUCUGAAAAAGCUUGGAGAGCAGCUGAAGCCUCAAGAAGCUGAAUUUCUGGCUGAGAAUACAAAUGCAGCAUUGAGCUUGUUUGAGAAAGUUUCAGAGAACAUGGGAACUGGUGACAAGCUACUCAAGGUUGCUGGUUCACAAGUAGAGGAUGCACAGAAGUGAAUUGAGACAUGAUUUUUGUAUUUUGUUCAUCAUGAUUUAAACUGCUGUUUACCAGGAAUGGAAACAUACAAACAAUUUCUUUCUGUUUUUUCUUAUAAUUUCUCAAAUGCCAGUCGUUGUAGAAAUAAGAUAAGGAAAGGGAGGAAGAGUUGAUUUUUUAUUUUUUUUUUUUUCAUGUAGAUAAUCUAUAUCAUGAGAUUUCUGAGAUAUCAAAUGAAUAAUAAAAACCUAGAAGUAAUGGUGAACUGGGUCAGUGUCAGCUUCUCAGCAACUGGGUACUUACCCCUCCCCUGACCCAACAACAGUCAACUGGUAACAAGUUAGGGUUAAGUUGGGUUAGGUGCAGGGUGGGUACAUGGUUGGCUAGAUACUGACAUUGAUCCAGUGAACCUAUAACCAUAGUUUUGACUAAUGACACAAGCAAAGCACCAGCACAAUGGCAUGCAUAAGGUAAAUAUGCGAAGUGAAAACGAAAGUCAAUAUGCACUGUAAGCACUAUAAGCACAAGGAAAAGGAAAAAAUUCUGAUCCUUGUGCUUAAGCUUGCACUCGUGUUUAUGCUUGCAUCAAGGCUGUUUUCACAGUGAAAUAUGAGCUGUUGUGCUUGCAGUAUUUGUGCUUGCACUUGUGCUUGGGUCAAUAGUAAAAACCAGGCGAUAGACUUUACUUUUAAGCAGUCAGGAUUUUUGGAGAAUGCAUGAGAAGUCUAUAAAUUUUGAGUCAAUGUUAAGUGAUUUCAAAACUUUUCCAUUGUCAGCAAGUGUAGCUUAACUGAUUAAAAGUGUGAUCAUUUGGAUAGGAAAAUUGAAUUUUUUGGUCAGGACACAAAGUAUAGUUUUCUCACUGCAGGAUUUUAUAUUUAACUUAGAACUGCCAAUGACCAAUUAUGAUGGCACACUUGCAGUACUUAAGAUUAAUUUUACCAGGGCUUGAAUCCCAACAAAGUAUCCCAAAAUGACUGCAGUCAUGAAGGCUAUAUUUAAAAUGUUGCAUUUUAUUAUCAUAUCAGCAAUAAUCAGCAAAUGUUGUGCAAAACUAAUUCAAUAAAGGUUGUGUAGGAGAUUUAGAGUUUUACUUUGACUGAAGGGACACCUUGUUUAAGAGGGACUGUUGGCAAAGGCAUCAUGGGAUCAAGGUUAUUUUUAAUCAUUCAAAAAUUUCAUAUUUACUACCAAAUUAUCAAACAAAUUUUUUUCUUAUACCAAAUUAUAGACACGCUUAAAAAAAGAUUCCUGCAGCAGAUCAAUUUACAGUUUGACCAGUAACCUUGAAAUCCCAAAAAUGAUUAACAUGUAACUUCCCCUAAUAAUAUCCAUUACAUUAUGCAGCAAACAGGUAACAAUAAUAUACUCAAACUUAUCAGGUAGAAGUUUUUUCUUGAUGUAACAACAAAUUCUGUUAACUAAUUUACAUGGAACCCUCAGGCAGCCAGAGGGGAGAAUUAACAAUGAGGUCUUGUGAGUAGAAGGGUCAAGAAAACCCUGGAAACUUUGCAAAAGAGGGGUAAAAGGAAUUAGUACAUGUAGGGAAUAUUUAAGGGCAUUUCCCUUAACAUCCCUCCCUUGUGCUCAUGCAUAAUUACACAUUGCCACAAUUCUCUUUGCUGUAAUAUCCCUUUUUAAAUCACUUUGUGUUAAUGGAACACCUGAUAUUGCACUGGUUAUAUUGGUGCAUUUGAAUAAUGCAUCGGCGAUCAAGGAACUUUAUAAACCGAAAGUAAGGCAAUUGUGAAUAUUUAUUGACGUGGGUUGAGUGGAAUUUCUGGAACAUAAUGUCAUAUUACUGAAUAAUCAAGAAAAUUUUUGUAGCGGAAGUGAAAGGCAAUUGUGAUAUUUGUUGUCAUAGGCUGGGUGGAAUUUCUGGAACAAUGUAGUAUUACAAAAUGUCAAGAAAAUUUUUAUAGCAUAAGUGAAAGGCAAUUGUGAAUAUUUAUUGAUGUGGGCUGGACAAAAUUCCUUGAACACAAUGUCAUGUUUCUAAAUGAGUUAAUCAUGUCAAAAGAUUGUUUUUAGAUGCCACUUGGCGGAAAAUUUUAUUCAUUAUUUCUCAUAGUCUUUUUUAUUUUAUGGUGAAUAAAAUGUUCUAAAUCCUUA